GCAGGUGCAGUAAUUCAGCGUUGUGCAGGCAGGUUAAAUGGAUUCUCUUAGCUUGGUUAGGACUUAGGAGUUGAACCGGAAAUGGGAGAAGAAGUUGAAGUCAUAUCCAAGUGCUUCGUUGGAGCUGCCGGCGCUGCAAGAUCAAAUGGUGUGUCAAGAAGAGUUGAGUUAACACCAUGGGAUCUGCAGUUCCUUCAAAUUGGCCCCAUCCAGAAAGGACUUCUCUUCCACAACCCCACCCCUCAACAGCAACAACAAUUCUUCAACUCCAAUUUGAUUCAUCACUUGAAAACUUCUCUCUCCUCCACACUGGAUUUCUUUCCUCCGCUUGCCGGCCGCUUUGCCACGGUGAUGAAUGAAGAGGACAACACUUGUAGUGUUUAUGUUGAUUGUAACAAUGCAGGUGUUGAGUUUGUAGAAGCCAAGGCUAGUGGCGUCACGGUGGCUGCAAUUCUUGAUCAGUCCAACAUUAAUGUGCCGCAGAUACUCCGAUCUCUCUUCACCCUCAAUGGCAUUCUCAACCGCGACGGGAUCUGCAAGCCUCUGAUGGGGGUGCAAAUAACUGAGCUUCUCGAUGGCUACUUCAUCGCCUGCACAUUGAAUCACAGCCUCGGAGACGGCACUUCCUUCUGGAAUUUCUUUAACUCCUGGGCUGAAUUAUCACGCGGUUUUCAUCAACCUUCAACAACUCCCAUCCAUGAACGCUGGUUUCCAGACAACACUACUACGUGCCCGGUUCAUCUCCCUCCCAUGAUUGAGAGUAGUGAAAGGUUACCACCACCGCAAAGGGCAUUCCUAGCAGAAAGGGUGUUCCAUUUGAGCAAAGUAAACAUCGCUAGGCUGAAAGAAAAAGCCAACUCUGAAAUGGGAACUUCCAUUAUCUCUUCCCUGCAGUCGUAUAUGGCUCAUCUUUGGCGAGCUGUCACUCGCGCUCGCCAUCUUGACAGUAACGAACACGUUCAUCUCUUUCUGGGUAUCGGUACGCGACCCAGGAUUCCUCUACCGGAAGGGUAUUGGGGAAACGGGUUUUAUUUCAAGAAAGUUACGCUCAAAGCAGGGGAGGUGGUAGGGAAAGGAGUUGGUUGGGUUGCUUGGCAGAUAAAGGAGGCAGUUCAAGAGCAGAGUCAUGAAGAAGCAAUGAAGCAGUAUAAGAAGUGGGUGGAGUCUCCGGCACUUGUUGGGGGGGAGUUAUUCUCGGCUAAUACCUUGGGCAUUAGCAGCUCUCCGUGGUUCAACGUGUACGCCACCGAUUUCGGGUGGGGAAAACCAGUUCAAGUGAGGAGCGGCGGGGGCAAUAAGCUUGACGGAAAAGUGACACUUUUUGGUGGAUGUGAAGAAGGGAGUGUAGACAUAGAGCUCUCCAUCCAUCCCCACACAUUACAUCAACUAGAGAACGAUCCAGAAUUCUUACAGUACGUAACAAUUUCAUGAAACUUAUUACUUCUCCUUUAAUUUUGGGAAUAAUAUUUAUUUUUUUGUGACAAAAUUUUUAUUAUUUUCUGGUUCAAAGCUUUGAUUCGACGACCAACUAUGGACCACAAUUUUUAUUUCACAUGCUAAGGUUUAAACACCCCAAGCUAGCUACAAACAGUAGUAAACACACA